GCGGAUUGUACGCGAUGGCGAGUCGGGUCCUCGCCGAAGUCAGGCGGUCGUGCACUCGAAUAGGGCGGCCGGCAUCCACCUCGGACGCGCUCUUUGUUGGAUGGUGGUCGCUUCCCCGCUGCAGGCACGCGUCGACCGCGGCAGCCUACAAGGCAACCCCUGCUUCCGACAACUCUGCCGCGGAAGGCGUCACAUACCCAACAUACGACCUGUCAGACAAGGACCAUGCACGACUUAACUUCCAGCGCAACAUUGGCGUUAGCGCGCACAUCGACAGCGGGAAGACGACCCUGACGGAACGCAUCCUGUACUACACCGGUCGUGUCUCCGCGAUUCACGAAGUUCGCGGGAAGGACGGUGUAGGCGCGAAGAUGGACAGUAUGGACCUUGAGAGGGAGAAGGGAAUCACCAUUCAGAGCGCGGCGACGUUCUGCGACUGGAUGUCGACCAAACCGGCGUCGGGUGAGAAGGAGAAGUACGCAAUCAACAUCAUCGACACGCCUGGUCACGUCGACUUUACCAUCGAGGUGGAACGAGCGCUGCGGGUGCUUGAUGGUGCUAUCCUGGUCUUGUGUGCGGUUUCUGGUGUUCAGAGUCAAACAACUACGGUUGAUCGGCAAAUGAGACGGUACAACGUACCUCGGUUAUCCUUCAUCAACAAAAUGGACAGGCCUGGCGCAAACCCGUGGCGAAUUGUUGAUCAGAUACGGACAAAGCUUCGCAUUCCCGCUGCCGCCGUUCAGGUUCCCAUUGGUAUGGAAGAUGAGCUCAGGGGUGUUGUUGAUCUCGUUCGGUGGAAGGCUAUCUACUUUGAGGGAGAAAAGGGAAACACCGUCGUCGAGUCUGAUGAAAUUCCGGCCGAAGUCCUCGAUCUCGCGAAGACCAAGCGUGCCGAGCUUCUUGAACAACUCUCCGAGGUGGACGAUGGGAUGGCUGAGAUUUUCCUCAACGACCAAGAACCCACCGUUGCCGAGCUGACGGACGCCAUUCGCCGCGCAACCGUCGGGCUCAAGUUCUCCCCGGUCUUCAUGGGCUCCGCGAUCAAGAACACAGGCGUGCAGCCGCUUCUCGACGGCGUGUGCAACUACCUCCCCAACCCGGCCGAAGCGCCCGCGGUCGCGCACGACAUCACGCAACCCGCGUCUGCGCCUCCGGUCGCUCUUGUCCCUGCCGCUUCGGCCCCGCUCGUCGCCCUCGCGUUCAAGCUCGAGGAGGGUCGCUUUGGGCAGCUCACGUACAUCCGGGUGUACCAGGGUAGCCUGAAGAAAGGCCAGUUCUUGUAUCAUGCCAGGACCGGCAAGAAGGUCAAGAUCCCUAAGCUCGUUCGCAUGCACAGUAACGAGAUGGAGGACAUCGAUGAAAUUGGCCCCGGUGAAAUUUGCGCGAUUUUCGGCGUUGACUGUGCUUCUGGUGAUACGUUCACGGAUGGGUCCACCAGCUUCACCAUGACCUCCAUGCAUGUUCCGGAGCCCGUCAUUUCGCUUGCCCUCAAACCCGUCGGAAAGGAGACCCCGAAUUUCUCUCGUGCGCUGAACCGCUUCAAGCGCGAGGACCCGACCUUCAGGGUCCACAUCGACUCGGAGAGCAAGGAGACCAUCAUUUCCGGUAUGGGCGAGUUGCAUCUCGAAAUCUAUGUGGAGCGCAUGAAGCGCGAGUACAACGUCGAAUGUACGACGGGUCGUCCUCGGGUCGCCUUCCGUGAGACCAUCGGCCAGCGUGCCGACUUCUCAUAUACGCACAAGAAGCAGACCGGUGGCGCUGGUCAAUUCGCUCGUGUCAUCGGAUUCAUCGAGCCGAUGGAACGGGACGAGGAGACGGGCAAGGACGUCGAGUUCGAGAACGUGGUCAUGAGCGGCAACAUCCCGCACAACUACAUCCCUGGUUGCGAGAAGGGUUUCUUCGAGGCCCUGGAAAAGGGCUCGUUGACUGGUAACCCGAUUACUGGAUGCCGCUUGGUCUUGAGGGAUGGUGCCGCCCACGUCGUCGAUUCGUCCGAGCUGGCUUUCCGUCUGGCAACCAUCGGCGCGUUCCGCGAGGCGUACAAGCAGGCCCGCCCCAUCGUUCUCGAGCCGAUCAUGACCGUUGAGGUCGUUGCCCCGGCCGAGUUCCAGAGCGCGGUCAUCGGCAGUCUGAACACCCGUCGUGGCACGAUCCUCGACAGCGAGGUUCGCGAGGACGAGUUCGUCGCCGUCGCCGAGGUCGCGCUCAACGACAUGUUCGGAUACUCGGGUCAACUGCGUGGUGUGACGCAGGGUAAGGGCGAGUUCAGCAUGGAGUAUAAGACCCACAUGCCUGUUCUCCCGAACGUCCAGAAAGAGCUCGAGGAGGCGUACAAGAAGACAUUACCGCAGGCCAAGAACUAGAACUCUUGCGCCUUGCAUACAUCCCGCUUAGAUUAUCCUAUUUCACGAUGCUGGUUUUACUGUCCCAUAAUGUCGAUGUCGUUAUCGUGCCGCACUCCACGUGUACUUAUCUAUCGCGCAAUUUCUAUCGCACCGCAACUCC